AUGCCCAUUUCAUCCGUGAGCGAAAUUGGUUUUAAAAUUGUUCCUGAUAAAUGUACUAAAGUCUGCGUCAUAAAGAAAUCUCUCAUAGAAUCGGGUGUGGCAUUUGGCUUGCAUAUAAUAAAAUAUUCAUCUUUCUUUUCAAUUCAACGUUGUGAUGCAGUUUCAAGAUAUUCAGAAUGUACCUUAAGCAUAAAAAACUGUCAUUUGAUUCAGGAUAAAUGUGAAAGAACUCCUUUUCAACAAAACCCGUCCAUUCAGUUUAUGAAUAAUUUAAUUCGAAGUUUGAUUUUUCCAGGUCGAAAGACCGUCGAAAAUCAAAAAAAAAAUACAAUCGUCGAGGUGUGCCAAACCUUCGAUGAAGGGGAGGAAAAACAUGUCAAACUGUGCUUCCCUACCGACCAAAUACCUCUCCCCGAGCAUCCGUGGAAUAAAAAAAAAACUAUAAUCAGGGAUUCACCCGGUCAGACCGGAACCCCCGAAAAGAAUAACCAAGCCAGAAUUUAUAACGACGGGCUAAUUGUGCGUCGCGGUCAACGAUGCAACAUCAUGGAGGUUGAUUCUCCUGUCAACCCCGUUUCGUCAGAUGAUGUUGUUGAGAC